AUGAAAUUCAUGUCUCCUAUGUCAACUUUUCCAAUUCAAAAACCUGAAUUUCGUAUUUUGCUUUUCAAUGGAUCUACAACACCUACUAAAAUUACCGCUUCAUGGACUAUGUCUAUGGAUUCAGGAUUUUCGUCAACAGUGAAUGGUAAUAGUGACAUGAAGAAUAAGAAGAAGAAGGAUGAACUCUCGGUCUCGGUGCAGCUUUCGAUUUCGCCUGUUCCUAAAGUGGAAGAAAGUUUGAGCUCCGACGGUCUUCGAUUCGAUCGGUUGCAGCCAUCGGAUUAUGAAUUGGUUCGCGAAAAUAGGUUUGAGUUUGGGCAAUUUGUAGCUAGAGAUGCUGUGCUUGAUGAAGAGUAUUGGACAGCAGCCUGGCUAAGGGCAGAAAGUCAUUGGGAGAAUCGAACAUAUGAAAGAUAUGUUGAUAUCUACAAAAGGAAAUUUGCCGAGCAGGAAUUUAAUGCGGUAAAAAGGCGAUGCAAGGCUCAAAAUGGGGAUAGCUGUGCUUGCAUUAUCGCGGUGAGGAAGGAGCAGAAGAAUGUAAAGCGCUCGAUAAUAAAAAGUGUUGUUGGAACACUUGAUUUGAAUAUCCGAUAUUUGCUGCAAGGAGAGACUUUUCCCGGGGAACGAGUUAAGACACCUUUUUCUUGCAGCACAAACAGGACACCACCAAGUAGAUACGGUUACAUUGCUAACUUAUGUGUUACCAAAUUGGCUCGCCGACAAGGAAUCGCAAGCAACAUGAUGUAUUUUGCCAUUGAAUCUGCAAAAUCUAACGGUGUGAGGCAAGUAUAUGUGCAUGUUGACAGAAAUAACAUGCCUGGACAGUUAUUGUACCAAAAGAUGGGCUUCGAGAUGGUUGAAACUGCCAAUUCCCGAUUGUUAUUAGAGGAAACAUACUUGCUACGUUUACAGAUGUAA